GGCACACCGAGGCUCAUGUCAGAUCAUGACAUGUCAGAUGAUCACCGACCACGUGUGAGAGAGGUUCUCGCAAAUUUCCGCGUCACGGACAGCUGAUAAUGAUAACGUUAAAUUGAUAACGUAUUGAAAGAUGCAUUUAUUGGAAUUGGACUUGGAUGAUGAUCAGAAAGCAUAAUUUCUCCCUCCUCGCCGAUCUCUUCCGUCGAGAUCGAUAGCGUCAUUCGGUGUCCCGUGCGUGCUUUAUACGGAACACGCGUCAGACUCUCUCAAUAACUCUCAAGAGAGAAAGAGUGACGCUCCGAAUUGAUGUCGCAAUUGUUGCAAGUGCGUGUGUAGUAAUAGGUGUUCGCGCGAUUGCUCGAGGAGUUUCACUCCAUUUUCCGAACCGUUCGAUGUGCGGACUAGUCAAUCAAAAAAUGAACACGCAAGAGAUAGUGGAGGAAUUGACGGAGAUUUGCAUUCAGAUGCGCAACCACUUGGACGAUUCGACGGAACGGAGGGAAAAAGAAAUGUUGAUUCUGAAGCACAUCAAGCGGUUUGAGAACGGCGGAACGGAGGCUCACGAUUUCCCGAAAGGCUUGGAAUGGUUCAACGUGUCGGAGGGAUUGUCGUUGGCGCAGCAUCUAAAAGGAAAAAUCGUGCUCUUGGACUUUUUUACAUAUUGCUGCAUCAAUUGCAUGCAUGUUUUGGCUGAACUGGAAGUGAUUGAGAAAAAAAUCUCUAUAGAGGAUGGUCUUGUAGUAAUUGGAGUGCAUAGCGCAAAAUUUACAAACGAGCGCAGUUCAAAGAACGUCUUAUCUGCUGUGCAGAGAUAUAAUAUUAUGCAUCCUGUAAUAAAUGACGUAACAUUAAGAAUGUGGCACGAUAUGGGAAUAACUUGUUGGCCUAGCCUGAUAAUGUUAGGACCUAGCGGUCAACCGCUGGCUGUUUUUGUAGGCGAAAAUCACAAAGAUGAGAUACUAUUAUAUACAAAAGUAGCAAUAGCACAUUUCAAAUCUUUAAAUCAAAUAUCGAGUCACGGUCUUCCGCUGAAGCCAGCGCAUCAUCUUUUACCGUCUUCUAAAGAGGGUCUGUUAUUUCCUGGCAAACUAACAGUCCUUCAGAUGGAACAAGGAACGAAGCUAGUCAUAUCUGAUAGCGGAAACAAUAGAAUUGUAAUUACAAACGAGCACGGGAGAGUGGAGCACGUUAUAGGUGGAUGCAACCAGGGUUUUAAAGAUGGCAAUUUCGAAAAUGCUAAAUUCAAUUCGCCUCAAGGUGUCUGUGUGCUCAAUAAUAUAAUCUACGUUGCGGAUAAUAAUAAUCAUGCAAUUCGGAAAAUAGACUUGACCAAGAAACUCGUAUCCACCAUAGCCGGUACUGGUUCACAAGGUGGGGAUCGAAACGGUGGAGGACACGGCACCGAUCAAGCUUUAUCGUCUCCUUGGGAUGUGGCAAUUUACCAUCAUGAAUAUAAUGGCACCGUGACGCCAGUCUUGUUAAUCGCCAUAGCGGGCACCCAUCAAAUCUGGACACUGUUUUUGGAAGAUACCGUUUGGUGGAAGAAAAAAAAAUACACGGCUGGCACGUGCGCUGCUAUCGUUGGAAGUGGACGGGAGGAAAAUCGCAACAACAAUUAUCCUCAUGCCGCUGGACUAGCACAACCCUCUGGCAUCGCGGUAGUUCAGGAAUGUAAAGUUGCGUUUUUGGCGGACAGCGAAAGCAGUACUAUCAGACGGUUGCAUUUAGAUAGCGGUCAAGUGUCCGCUGUUUGUGGAGGGGAUAAGAAUCCAGCGAACUUGCAUUCGUUUGGAGAUGUAGACGGUAAAGAACAUUCGGCUAAACUUCAACAUCCAUUGGGUGUAACAUGGAAUCAUUCGGAUAAACGAAUUUAUGUGGCCGAUACUUAUAAUCAUAAAAUUAAAAGCGUAGAUAUUGCGACGGGGCAUUGCAAGACAUUGUUUGGUGAUGGAAAACCUGAUCAUACAUUUAACUUCAAUGAACCGAGUGGCCUUGCUGUCAAUCCAGACGGUAACAUUCUUUACGUAGCAGAUACCAACAAUCACGUUCUUAAAAUUAUCGAUUUAAAAAACGGAAAGAUUUCAACUAUGGCUAUCGUGUCCAGACGCGAUUCAAAUAGAAAUACCGAUAACGUGUUCGCUUUCGAUACGGCAGUAAAUGCACAUGGUGGAGAACUGAAUGUCUCAUUUAAUAUCGUAUUUGCAAACGAUUUGAAAUUAAAUGCAGACGCACCGCAAGAGUGGCAGGUGUCUUUACCUGCAAAUACGUGGACGGCGAAAUCUUUGACGGGUAGACUUUCGUCUCCCGUAUCGGUGAAACUUCCCGAAGAAGAAGCGGGCAAUCAAUUGCGCGUCACAUUAAAUAUAAUGGCUUGCACAGCGGACACGUGUGUACCACUAAAGCUGUCUGUAUUGUUCAAUGUACAACGAAGAGCAGAUGCGCCAACAGUUGUCAAUGAAGAGAAAGAACUCGUUAUUGGUUAGGAAAUGCGUUUUACGCUUUCAACAUACAUAUGUCGAAAAGUGUAAACGCAUACGUUGCGUAAUGAUUUUUAAGAUAUUGAAUUUUGGAUAGAUUUAAUAUAUAUAUAUAUGUUUACAAUUUUAUAACAAAUAAUAGUUAUA